UCAAGUAAAUUUCAGUAUUUAAUUUCGGAAAUGGACUAUACUAUCAAGUGCGCAGGACACCAUGAGAAAGUAGUUUACCAACGGUACGUCGAUAAAUGUGCAAUGUUUUACGCAAGCUCCACAUUGGCAGUUUUUUCCACUGCAUUCGUCUCAAUGAUCGCGCCACUGAUAACAGCCGAUCAGAGCUUCCCAACAGACUCACGAUAUCCUUUUAACGUGGAAUAUGAACCAGUGAAGUCUAUUAUCUUUCUACAUGAAAUCAUCGUUAUUUGGCAGUGUUUUUCCAUUGUUUGCCAUUGUUGUUUUAUUGGACUUCUCAUAUUGUUUGCUGCGGCGCGGUUCGACAUCUUGUCACAACAAUUUCGUAAAGUCACAAACAUCCACGAUAUUACUCUAUGUAUACGGCAACAUAUAAAAUUGUUAAGAUAUGCUCAAGAAGUAAUAACUGCUGUUCGUUCAUUGAUAUUAACAGUAAUAAUUAUCUGUACAUGGGUGAUUAUAGCUAGUGGUCUUACGAUUGUAGGCAAAAGUACAUUUGCGGAUAAAGUACAAUUCAUGAUUUUAUGCAUAACCGGACUCAUGGAAGUUUAUGCAUGUGCUUGGCCAGCUGAUCACUUGAUAGAUGCAAGUACCAACGUUGCACAAGCAGUUUACGAAUUAUUGUGGUACGAUCAAAACAAGAUUAUUCAAAAAAAUGUGUGCUUUAUUCUACUAAGGAGUCAAACACCAAUGAUAGUUUCUAUUUCUGUUAUACUUCCAACUUUAUCAUUACAAUAUUAUGCAUCGUAUGUUUCAACAGCCUUAUCUUAUCUAAUGACAUUGCGAAUAGUAUUUUUGGAAAAUGAUGAAAUCAAAAAUUGAAAUGUAAUUAUGCAUAAUUCCUCCAAAUUUUUGUUCACAAAAAAUUUCUAUAUUUUACAUAAUAAAUCUUUUAUC